AUGAAGAGCAGGUCGCAGAAGGGUACAGGGAUGUUCGCGGCAAAGAUCGAUAUGGCCAAAGCCUAUGAUUGUGUGGAGUGGCAUUUUAUUGAGGGAGUUAUGGUCCGAAUGGGUUUUGAUAGGCGUUGGGUUGAUCUGAUCAUGAAUUGUGUAAGUACGGUAUCAUACUCUGUUCUGGUGAAUGGUCAUCAAUCAGAGGCUUUUAUACCAACUCGGGGCUUGAGGCAAGGAGAUCCGUUAUCCCCGUACCUUUUCCUGCUCUGCGCAGAGGGUCUUUUAGCGAUCACCAAGGCUGCGGUUCGGGAUAAGCGUAUGCAUGGUUUGAAGCCGGCUCAAGGGGCUCUGACAGUGUCCCACCUUUUUUUCGCCGACGAUAGUGUUUUCUUCGGGAGGGCUACUGAGCAGGAGAGUGGCCUCCUAAAACAGAUACUACAGUUGUAUGAAAAAGAGUCCGGAAAAUUGGUUAACUUUCAGAAGUCUGCAGUCUCAUUCAGUGGAAAUGUUAGAAUGCAUCAGAAGCUGAUGGUGAGCGGCACGCUUCAGAUGACAAUGGUAGAGAAACAUGAGAAGUACCUUGGCCUACCCACUGUGGUAGGACGGAGUAAGAAGGAGAUUUUUAAUGGCCUGAAAGAUAGAAUUCGGAAGAAACUCAAAGAAUGGAAAGAAAAAACACUCUCGGUGGCGGGGAGGGAGACAUUGAUCCGAUCUGUGGCACAGGAUCAGCUUACUUUCGCCAUGUCUAUCUUUCGUAUCCCGGCGGCUAUUAUUAACAAAGUUCACAGUCUUAUUAUGAACUUCUAUUGGGGUCAGAAGGGAUCUGAAAAGCGGAUUCAAUGGUUGAGUAGGGAAGAAAUGUUGCUGCCAAAAGAGGAGGGUGGGCUAGGAUUGAGGGAUCUUGAAGGGUUCAACACCGCCAUGUUAGCAAAGCAGGUGUGGAGGCUCCAUCAACGACCCUCGUCCCUAGUGGCCAAAAUCAUGAAAGCGAAAUACUAUAAGAACACUUCGAUCCUGGAAGGAAACAUAGGCUACCGCCCGACUUCAUCCGACGAAGCCUCUGUAGCGCCCAUGAAUUCCUCUGCGACAGCCUCAGGUGGAGAAUAG